UCGCCCAAAUUUUGUUGAUGUUUGAUUUGAGGCGGUUUCGUUUCCGAUUUUGGCCCUAAUCCCGUCUGCUUUUUUGUGUAUUUGUUGUCUGUCAGCGUCUUAACAGCUGUCUUUAGUCAUCACGACUCUUUUCUCUAUCUGCUGCAAUAAUGUCUUCAGAUGAAGAUGACUACAUGUCUGCUGCUUUCAUCGUUGACAGCCCAGCUAAAGAUAUUAGACCAGGUCUUCUUCACAAUCGUGACCAGCAACGUUCACAUGACAUCUACAAGAGAAAACAAGCCCAAGAUGCUGUGACCAGAGAACAACAGCGUCCAGUUAGAGUUAUAGAAGCUCAGCGCAGAGAGGAGGGACUACAGGAGGCAAUAGGAGCUGACAACAAAGGUUUUGCUCUCCUUCAAAAAAUGGGUUACAAACCUGGUUCGGGGAUUGGAAAAUCAGGAACAGGUAGUGUGGAUCCAAUUCCCUUGAACUUGAAAACAGACAGAAAGGGACUAGGAAGGGCAGCUGCUAUUGAGGAGCUGAAAGAAUCAAAGCGCCUCUUCAGAGCCAAGAGGCAAGGAUCAGCCAAAUGUGAAGAAGUCACUGUUGACCAGUUCAGGGCGAGAAUGAAACAAAAGUCAGACCAACGACUUACUGACAUAGAUCUCUUCAAAAGUCAAAAAGCAUGCCAUCAACUUGAUACAGAGGCGGGCUUUACUGAACCUGCUGAGUCUUGGUUUUGGCCAAGGUUCAAAAGUUCAGACAAAAAAACUGAAGAUGAUUCUAACGGAGAUCAAAAUGAAGAGGCUUCAAGUAAUCCUCAACCCACUAAUCAGGAAGAAUCCAUACCAACAUCUAGCCAUGACAAUAGUGAUUCUGAGGAGGAGGAUGAUGAGUUUGAGGCAUCAGAAAAGUUAGAAAUGUUAACCAAGUAUCUUCGAUGUACUUACAAUUAUUGUUCAUGGUGCUGUGUUAAAUUUGAUGAUGAGAAAGAUAUGCAGAAUGAAUGCCCUGGUCCAACAAGAGAUGAUCAUUAGCUUACUAGAUAGCUAAAUCCUUUGUUAUUCCCCAGUAGCUUUCUCAUUCCCAAUUAGCUGGUCAUAAAUUCAAAAUAGGAAAAUAAGUGUUUAAAGUGCACAGCUUUCUCUUCCGCUCCCCCCACUGUAAAUAAAAAGGUACUUAGAGUCAUA